CCCACCAUCGCCUACACCCUGCACUUCUCCUGCUCGUUUCCUUCUCUCGUUUCUCAGCACUCUAUGGAUACCCGGAAACCAAUUGCUUCGUCUUAUUAAACAGGGUACAGACCCAUAGGAAUGGCUGAAACAAGUUGAUUAAUGUGGUGCAGUGGAGCAAACACUUGUCAUUGAUCACAGCACACCCAGGGAUAUUCGAUUCACAGUCAAGUGGGAAGCAGCCGUUAUGAAUAAUCAAGAGAUUGUUACUGUGCUACAGGAGUGCAAGCAAAUGCUUCAUGCUUUUGCUUCAGAGGUGUCAGAGCCAUCUGAAGAGGAGAAGAAUGACUACCAACGGUGUGAAGCUUCAUUCCCGGACGAUCUUAAGACCUUGAUUCAGGAGGCAAAGGAAAUGAAGUGGCCCUUUGUGCCAGAGAGAUGGCAAUACAAACAGGCUGUAAGGCCAGAAGACAAAACAAACCUGCAAGAUAUGAUCAAUGCAAGGCUACAUGACUUACUGAUUUUUUUGAAGGCUUCCAUUGCAGUAGCUGACAGCACUACAGCUGCGGCCAUUGUGUUCCUGAUCGACCGAUUUCUGUAUUGGGCAGAUGCUUCCAUCAGACUUCUGCAGGUUGCCAAGGCUUUGCACAAGGUCUGGCCCAUCACACCAAUAGCACCGCAGGUUGUAAUACGUCAAGCUCGCAUCUCUGCAAAUUCAGGGAAAUUGCUUAAAGCAGAAUAUAUAUUAAGCAGUCUCAUAAACAGCGAUGGAGCUACAGGUUCUUGGCAAUACACAAAUGAAAGUGAUAAAGUUCUUGUUCAGUCUGUGUGCAUUCAGAUCCGAGGGCAGAUCUUGCAGAAAUUAGGCAUGUGGUAUGAAGCAGCUGAGUUGAUCUGGGCAUCCAUUGUUGGCUUCUCUGAGCUGCCUAUCCCAGACAAAAAGGGAAUGUCCACAUCGUUGGGUAUUUUAGCAGACAUCUUUAUCUCAAUGAAUAAGGAGGAUUACCAGAAGUUCAAAAUGAAUAGUCAUGUCUGCUUGACUUUGCUGGAAGAGUUUGAUCACCAAUUACUGUCGGCUGCAGAAUCAUGCAAACUAGCUGCUGUCUUUAGCCCGUACACACCUCUCUUUGUGCUCGUCAAUCUGAACAUUCGGGGCACGUGUCUGAUAUCCUACAGUUUCUCAAAGGAAUGUCCAAUGGAGCUUAAAUCACAAUAUCUUAUGGAGGCAAAAGAGGCGUUUGAGAUUGGUCUCCUCACCAAGAAAGAAGGGGACAUAGUUACAAGCAAACAGGAGCUGCAUUGCUUUGUGAAAUCAGUGUUCUGUCUUGCAAAUGUGCACAAGUGGCUUCACAAUGAGAAUGUCAAACAUGAACAUGCAAGUCAGCUAUGUAGAGAGGCAGUAGAAAAACUGGCAAAUUACAGUCAGUUGUCUGAGAAACAAGAUAAAGAGAAUCUUGCUGGUGAUAUAAUGUCUUUAGUUUUUUCUGUUAAGGAGUUAUUAAAUGUACAGUCCUUUCCAAAAUUUGAUGAAAACUGUUAUGUGCCCCAGAAAUACUUUGAAUGUGUGACAAAAUCAAUAGUUAAUGGAGAAGUCGGUUUUAAAAAUGUUCUGGACAUGUAUUCACAGCAUCAUAAUUCUGUGUGUCAGGUGUUGGCGAGCACCUGCAGAAACCACAAGGUAAUGGAAGCUGAAGUAAAACCAGGAGCUUGCAUUACAGCCUUAAAAACACUUGACACUAUAAGUACAGCUGAAAACAUCUCUGUAGACAAUGACUCGUUGCAGCCAAGUUCAUCACAAAGGAGGAAGAACCUUAUUCGUUCCAAUGCAGUCAGCUUUUCUUCUGACGAAGGCAAUAGAAGAACAAGAAAAUCAUUUCAUAUGAGCCAUAGUUCUAGCUCUUCAAACUCUUGGUGCAACCUGUCAAAUGCAUCUUGCAGCUGGGAAUCAGUCAGUUUUAACAAUGAAAGCAAGCUGCCUAAUGAGUGUGAUCCAAGCAAAGAGAACAUGGGCCACAGUUGUGCCGCAGCUGAGCCACCAAUGACAGGGGAAUCCCAAGAAAACAAUGACUUUGUGAAUAAAAGUUUUCACAAUCUCUCUGUUAAAGAGGAGCAGGAGGCCUUACCCCAGAAUAUUCAGAUUUCCAACUCUAGUAAUAAUCAAAUGGAUAAAAUGUGUUCUGCUACAGAAACCAGUUUAAAUUCCAUUAGCAAAGAAUGUCCACCUCACAGCCAUGGAAACUCUAGUCUGUCUGUGGCUAACGGAGAUGAUCAGUCUGCAGACAGUGAACCCUUUGAAAUGAUUGAUUACUUAGCUGAAACUGAAUCUGCAACUCAUGAUGUCAACAAUAUAGGUGUUGCUGCUAAAGAAGAGGAGAUGUUUAAAAACAUAGAAGCUAGAAAAAUGUUAGAUACUACAGUAGAUCCUGAGGGUGAAACCAAAGAUUACACAGAGGAUGGGGAUAUUUUUAUUCCUGAGUUGACAUCUCCACGUUCAUCUAAUCUUGGGAAUGUCUUCAGGUCUAAGCAGUCCAGAUCAUCCUCUGAAGAAAGAUCUUUUGAUAUAGACCAAGCAACAGACACCAACGAUGGGAAGAUAGCAGGUGUUCUUCAACAACAAUUUUCUACAGAUAGCUCAUCUUCAAAUAGAUCUCUCCUGCCACAGAAGAGUAGAAGCAGUGCAAAGUCAACCGAAUCUCCCGUAAGCCUUGACUAUGCAUGUGAGUCCACAGAAGAAGGGGAUAAUAACAGUCUGAACAGCAGCCAUGGAUCCAACUCUUGGAAAAAAUCACAAGUUUCAAGAAGUUUGUCUGAGUCAAUGUCUUUGCUUAAUUCGAGUGCAAGUUCUUAUGUAUUUCUGCAUGCAAAGGUUACAGAACAAGCUCGCCUAUUAGAUGAUGCAGAGUAUGAGAAAUUCCUUGGAGGUGUAGAACAUGACUGGCUCAUGGAAAGACUGGAGGACACUGGGGUAUUCAGCUUUACUCAUUUGAACCAAGCAUAUGAUGCCUUGCUUCUUAAAUUUUCAAAGAAAUCUGGGAUGUGGACAGCUCAGGAGACAGUGGUGCACUGUGGGGACAAUGUGGCAGUGACAAAGCAGGGCAAACAGAGAAAUGCUUUUUGGAUACACUUUCUGCACCAAGAUGAGACAUUAGCAAGAUAUGUUGGCAAAGAGUACAAAGAACCAAAAGAACUUCUUUACCACUUCAGUGAUGUCGAGCGCCAAAUGACUGCUCAGUACUAUGUGACAGAAUUUAACAAAAGGCUGUAUGAGUUAAACAUUCUAACCCAAAUAUUUUAUAUACCUUCCUUUAUACUCCUGAUACUAGAAGACAAGUGCAUUAAAGGAUGUGUGAGCGUGGAGCCGUACAUUCUAGGGCAGUUUGUAAAAUUAUCUAAUAAUGCACAAGCUGUUAAAACGCAGUAUGAAGCAACAAAGUAUGGCUUAGCGUUCGGACAUUUCACAUACGAAUUUUCAAAUCAUUCGGACAUCGUCGUGGAUUUGCAAGGUUGGGUGACAGAGAGUAAGAAAGGAGAAGCGCUGAUUUAUCUCACAGAUCCUCAGAUCCAUUCAGUUCAAAAUAAUUCUUUGGAUAACAGUUCUAAGGGAGUAUCCACCUGCAUAAACUUUGGAAAAAAAGGGAUAGCCUACUUCUUCAGUAGUCAACAUACAGAGUGCAAUGAAAUAUGCCACAGUCUUUCUCUAACAAGGCCUGAUCUGACAGAGCUGAAGAAAUCACUGAAAGGAUCUCAUUUCAAGAAGAGACACUGAUGUUUGUAUUGAAGCAUUACUAUGUAAUGAGGAAGGUGAUGGGUGUUUGUACUUAUAUUGCUUUGUGUUAUUCCUAGCAUAUACCUUCAGACUAAGGGGCAGAUUCACUAAAGAGCGUAGUGACUAACGUUAGCGAAAAUUCGCCAGUGUGGCGUCAUUUCGUUACUUUGCCGAUUUAAUAAGGUGCGCAGGCGUAACUUCGCUAGCAAAGGAGAUAAACUCUAGCAGUAAUUCGUUCUCUUACGCUUGGCGAAGUUGCAAUCUGGUGAAGGGACGUAACUAUGCAAAUUCACUAAGAUGCAGAUUUUACUCUUGCGCCAGAGUUGCCUUCGCCACCUCAGACCAGGCAAAGUGCAAUAGAUUAGAUAGGAUUUCCUCAAAAAAUAGU